AUGGCGCUCCAGAUAGAGAUCGAGGUCUAUCUCAGUUUCUUGGGACUGAGGUCCGUCUCGACUGACUGUGGAACUCUUCGUACUGUAUACAUCAGAGUCUCCCUUGACUGGAGGCUCUGUUGUGGUUUUAAUAAUGUGGAGGGCACUAAUAGUCCUACAUCGGUUCUUCUCUGUACUGAGGUUAAUACUUCAGAAAUUGGAAUCCUUAUAGAAGCAAAGAUGUGGAAGGUCGUAGCAGAGGAGUGCUUUCUUCAAAAUGCCAACUACUGGAAUACUGCGUUGGUGACAACGUUCUCUGUAGUACUAUCUUUGAUGGUAUACAAGGCAUGGAGAAUCUCUACUUCUAAGAAAGGAGAGGUCCCUGGCAAGUUACGGUUGCCCUAUCUUGGAGAGACUCUAGCUUUUCUCUCCGCCACCAACAGCACCAAAGGUUGCUAUGAGUUUGUCAGGAAACGCCGGCAGUGGUAUGGAAAGUGGUUUAAGACGAGGCUUUUUGGUAAGAUCCACAUCUACAUCCCAAGUCCGGAGGGUGCAAAGACAGUGCUUACGAAUGAUUUCAUAAAGUUCAACAAGGGGUAUGUUAAGUCCAUGGGGGAUGCUGUUGGAAAGAAGAGCCUGCUUACUGUUCCUCAUGAGAGCCACCGAAGGAUCCGACGCCUCCUUUCGGAUCCUUUUUCUAUCAGCUCCUUGUCCAAGUUCGUUCAGAAGCUUGACAAGAUGCUGCUAGAGAGGUUGAAAUCAGUGGAAGAGAAAGGAGGGAGCUUUGUUGUGCUGGACUUCUGCAUGAAGGUGACUUUUGAUGCAAUGUGUGAUAUGUUGAUAAGUGUCACAGAUACAAAACUCUUGCAAGAUAUAGAGCAGAAGUGCAAUGAUGUGUCCAACAUGAUGUUGUCCUUCCCUGCCAUGAUCCCUGGAAGCAGAUACUACAAGGGCAUGAAGGCAAGGAAACAGCUCAUGCAAAUCUUCAGCAAGAUGAUCACGCGUCGGAGGAGUGGAAUGGAGUAUGGUGAUGACUUCCUCCAAGCAAUGCUACAAAGGGACUCACUACCGGAGGAUGAAAAGCUCAGUGAUGAAGAGAUCAUGGAUAACCUUCUCACUCUGAUCAUUGCAGGGCAAAGCACAACAGCAGCAGCCAUGAUGUGGAGCGUCAAGUUUUUAGAUGGUAACGGACAUGCGCAGGAGAGACUAAGGGAAGAGCAACUCUCUUUAACUCGAAGUAAACCAGAAGGAGCACUGCUCACUAUGGAAGAUCUGAAUUCCAUGACAUAUGGCUUAAAGGUUGUGAAGGAAACAUUGAGAAUGUCCAACGUUUUGUUGUGGUUUCCUCGUGUGGUAAUCGAGAAUUGUGUCAUUGAAGGAUUUGAAUUGAAGAAGGGAUGGCAUGUGAAUGUUGAUGCAACUCAAAUACAUUAUGAUCCAUUAUUUUAUAAGGAUCCAUUAGAAUUUGAUCCAUCAAGAUUUGACGAAAUGCAAAAGCCAUACACUUUCAUACCUUUUGGAUCAGGAGUUAGGACAUGCCUUGGGAUAAAUAUGGCAAAAGUAACCAUGUUGGUAUUCUUACAUAGGCUAACGUGCAGCUAUAGAUGGAAAGUUGAUGAUAUGGACCCAAGUCUGGAGAAGAGAGCUCACAUCCCAAGAUUAAGGAGUGGUUGUCCCAUCACCUUAAUACCAGUAAAGGACGUGGAAGGCAUGUAGAUUUGGAAAACCGGCUUGCUUAAGAUGGUGGAGAUGUGAAGAAACUCUGACGA